ACCUGCCAGUAUUCUCCGACCUUUCCUAGAGACCGGAGCUAUAUAGCUGUGUGUGCCUAACCAAAAAAAAAAAAUUAAUAAAUAAAUCCAGAUAAAAAUUAUAAACUCAAGAUGAACUUGUGCUUGCUAUUGUGGCUAAUGCCAUUCCUGGCAACCGGAAACGGUGACGGUGUUGGCAUUCACAACAUGGAGGUGUCCACCGUGGAGGUGCCCACCGAUGACGAGUUCAACUCCGGACCAAAGAAAUACUCCACCGGGGUGGAUAAUAACCCAUUUCUCUUGGACGACGACGAUGGCGACGACUCUUUCCUGGGCACCACAUUCUUCCAGGGCCCCCGCAGACAGUGCUUCACCUCGCAUGACAUUGCCUUGAUGAGCGCCCGCCAGGGCUUCGAGCAGCUGGUGCCAAAGUCAUACCCGAAAUAUCUUUCCGGCAACGGCAUAGCUCUCCUGCUGGUGCGCUACUGGAACGUGGUCAUCCAAAUCGUAAACUACAUGUCAGACAAGGAAACAGAACGCCUGCUGGAGGACGCCUAUUAUGACACACUGGGCGCAUACCUGAGCUACUACCUAAUGCCCGUGGCCCGGGUCUCCUUCUAUGCCGGCCAUGUCACCCUCAACACCGUGGAGCACUUGUUGAACAUCAAGCGGGAGUGCCAUGAUGUGCUCAAAACUAAUGGCAAUGGCUGGCGUUUGCCGGCUUUCAAGAAUAUAACGGAGCAACUGAGGGGCAUGACGAUAGAGCCGGCCAAACUGGGUAUCGAAACGGACAGAAGCAGGAUCACAGAUGAUGGCAGCAACAUUUGUGACCAUCUGGACCUAAGUGAUAUCUCGGAGGAGUCAAACAAGGGACAGAUGCUAUUGCCGCUGCCCGAACUGGAGCCGGUGGAUGUCAACGGUCACCUGACCAAUAUAUAUCUGCCCUUUCGCGGGGAUCGCGUCUACAAUCUCCGUUCAUCCCGGUCCGCCUCCGAGCUAAAGCGCUACCUGGACACCAUUAUGGGCUGCGAGAAGUACCUACAGAUUAAUCCGGCCCGAUACAACCACAAGCUGCUCGCCUGGAUGCAGGAGUUUGUGCCCCAGCACUUGGCCGACGAUCAGUUCUAUCCGGGACUCGGCGGCAUUCUGCAGAUCCAGGAGAGUCUGCUGAAGGCGGUGCAGGCGGAACCCAAGAUGGAAUUGAAUUCGGGCAAGCAGGGUCGCUCCACCAGUCUCUGGAAGGGAAACAAUGGAGAACAGGAGCCUGAGAAUCCGUACAUGAACGGCAGGCUCUACGUGGCAGCAUCCAUAGUGCUUACUGUGGUCUUCCUAACUGUGGUGUUCCUCCUCCACUGUGGUCGCCUUUUCGCCAAAAAAGAGGAGGGAAAGCCCCCCUUGCAGCCCGAAGACGUAGAGUUGGCUGAAGUCUAUACCAUGCCCAAGCCGAAGCGUGUCAAGAAGGAGAGGAAACCGAAGUUUGAGCCCAAGAUUGAGACGCCAACGUCCCCGCUUAGAGCGGCCAAUGAAAGAGGUUACUACGGCCAGCUGGCCAGGUCCGGAUCGAGUGAUGAGUGCUCCACCUCCACGUUGGGCUACCAGUUUAAGGAAAAAAUAAUGCCAUUCCGCUUCGAUAUUCCCCUAGGAAAGGGCCGUAAAACCUACAAAUAUUCGUCGCUGUCCUCGCAGGAAACCGACUGCACAUCGUCCUCGGAGAUCCAGUACAAGCGGAAGAAGCCAGGACGCGGCAAGUAGUUGGAUUUUGGAGUUUCGGAGUUUUGAAGAUACAAGCCAGGCACACACACCAUCCACAGGAUCAAGCCACCAUUAGUUUGUUUGCAUUUCCAUAAAUACUUCUGUACGAUUUGAACAAUUCUGACCUCUGUAUUUUGAGGUGCCUUGCGGAAUGUUCCUUGUUUAUUUUAUGCUGCUCUACUCACAAAUAUUUCGAAAUUCUAACUGCGUUCAAAUUAAAAAAAAAAAAUGUUAAGCAG